GAGUCGAAUCGACGCAGCCAAACCCAAAACCUAAAUCCUGUUUUCCUCGCGUGACGUAUACCUCUACUCCUCCACCAGCUUGGUGUCUCCAGACCCCUAAAACCCCUUUACGGAUGAACCACCUUUUCUUCGUCCUCCGAGUACAUUUGGGGUUUCUGAGUUUCGCAUUCGGUUUGAUUGAAUGCGCGAUUACUUUUUGGUUCCGCGGUAUGAUCUAGUUUUUGUUAAUGGUGUUGUGCUGCGUCAUUCUUUAAUGGAAAGUUUAGUAAAAAUUUAAUCUUGGCCGGUGGGUACCCUUGAAACUGAGGGUAGUCUCUGAAUAUGCAAUCUCUGCGCGUGGUUCGCAGAUUUGGAACUGCACAUCGUAUUGCCGCAGCUCCCAGCAUUGCAUCCAAAGAUACUUCCAGUAUUGCUAGUAAUACAUCGGUCUCUAAGAAAAAACCAAUUAAAGUGGAUGAACCUGCACUUAUAAGGUUGAAAAAAGAAAGAGAUCCCGAGAAGCUAUUUAAUUUGUUCAGGGCAAAUGCGCAUAAUAAGGUUGUUGUUGAGAACCGGUUUGCAUUUCAGGACACGGUUUCUCGCUUGGCAGGAGCUGGCAGAUUUGAUUACAUUGAGAAUUUGCUCGAGCAGCAGAAGACUCUACCGCAAGGUAGACGGGAGGGUUUUGUAGUUCGAAUUAUAAUGUUGUAUGGGAGCGCUGGAAUGGUGAAGCAUGCUAUUGAUACUUUCUAUAAUAUGCAUUUAUACGGUUGUCAUAGGACUGUUAAGUCGCUCAAUGCUGCUCUCAAGGUUUUGACUCUAUCCCGUGAUCCAGAGGCUAUUGAUUCGUUUUUGAAAGAUGUGUCGUUUAAGUUCAGUAUUAGUUUAGAUAUAUUUUCGAUCAACAUUAUUGUCAAGGCAUUUUGUGAAAUGGGUAUUUUGGAUAAGGCUUAUCUGGUAAUGGCUGAGAUGGAAAAGUUGGGAAUAAGCCCGGAUGUAGUUACAUAUACAACGCUUAUAUCUGCCUUUUACAGAAUUAAUAGAGUGGAGGUCAGUAAUGGCUUGUGGAACCUUAUGGUGCUUAAGGGCUGCAUGCCUAACCUUGCAACAUUUAAUGUUAGGAUACAGUUCUUGGUGAAUCGGGGGCGAGCUUGGGAUGCUAAUAAAUUAUUGGAUUUAAUGCAUAGACUUGGGAUAGCUCCUGAUGAGAUUACUUAUAACCUCGUAAUCAAAGGAUUUUGCAGAGCUGGUUUUCUUGAUAUGGCUAAAAGGGUCCAUUCUUCUUUGCAUGGCAAUGGUUUGAAAUCCAAUGAAAAAAUUUAUCAAACCAUGAUUCAUUACCUCUGUAAAGCGGGUGAGUUUAACUUGGCAUAUACAAUGUGCAAAGAUAGUAUGAAAAAUAACUGGUUCCCAAGUGUCGAUAGUAUUAUAAUUCUACUUGAAGGGCUACAGAGAUAUGGAGGAUUGGAAGGGAUCGAAAAAGCUCGAUUUCUCAUCACUUUGGCCAAGAGAAGAGUUCCUCCUUUUUCUGCAGAUCAAUUGAAAGCGAUGCAAUCUAUAUUAUCAAAGUGAGUAAUAUAUGACACUGAACUGUCAAUCUCAGCGCAUAUGCUGAUAUUGCAGCUCAGCUGGAGCUGAAAGUUACCUCGUUCAUUUUCUAUUGGAGCAGAGCUGGACAUCUAUACACUCUAAUGGAUGAAUAACCACCCGAGGACAGUGAAUUUAUUGUAAAAAGUUCAUGGCAAUUUGAAAGUUCUGAAAGUACAAUGGCGACUUCAUAAGUUUUUUGCCUGCCUGUGUAUCCAAGUCGACAACUUUCUGACUGGAGACAGGAGUAACUGCACAAGAGUACAAACGGGUGUCUUCAUCGUCCAAUUUGGUAUUCAUGAGGCCAUCUUAGAGAUGCACUGUUCUCUGACUCUCUGAGUUGUGACUGAGCUACAGAGGCCUUGCAUAUUCGGGCAUUGCUAUAUUUUACUAGUGAAAUUUAAAAGAGCUUCUCGGCCAUUCUGUGGUUUCGGUGAGAUGGUAAUGAAGGAGCCCUUCUCAAAAUGUGCUGAUUGUCCCAGGGUUUUUGAUGUUUCACAGAUGGAAUGGCUAUUCUUAUAAUUCCUGUAUGCUGAAACUAUGAAGACAAAAGACGAAUGUUUUCCUGAGCCCCAUUGACUUUGUGGCGACUUUUUGGUUAGCUUUGCAUUAGAUACUUGUUAGAUUACUUUGCCCCAUUGGCAAUGUUAGUGACACAGCUAGAGAACUAUUCUUGGAUUUUUGUAUACUGAUAAUCACAGUUAAUUUUGUGUAGAUAUUUUGCCUGUUUAGCAAAUGUCAAAAUGGGCAAGGCAGAAAACUCAAAUUGUAUUAUUUUUAUGGGUAAUUUUUCAAUCUUAUUGUGUUCUUGAAUA